GUCGGACCGAUAGCACACACGGCCAGACCGUCCGACAACAGACUCCGACCAAAGAGACAGCAUGGCGUUCAGAUUUGUGCUGGCUGCCGCGGUGGCGGCCGUCGCCUCUAGCGCGGCUCCCCCGAGCUAUCACUCCACCACUUACGCCCCGCCGGCGUACGGGCCGACGCACGCGCCCAGCUACUCCCCGGCGCCCACCUACGAGAGCUACCAGUAUCAGUACCAGCCUCAGCCAUCUUAUGGACACCAGCCGGCCUACGGACAUCAGCAGCCUGCUUACGGCCACCAGCAGCCUGCCUACGGACACCAGCCUGCCUACCCUGCAUGUCCUCACUACCCUGAGGACCCGGCCUGCAGCAAGAACAGCACCGACCCCUGGUGUCUCGAGGACUCCGAGUACCCCGAGUACGAGAUCAAGCACGCCAUCAGCUACAACAAACACAAGGUGCUGGAGCUGUACGCCGACGUGGCUGACCUCAACACCGAAAACUCGGUCGAGAGACUGACUGAGAUUGAGGAGGAGACGUACCUGUGUCCUUCCGAGGUGGGCUACGUCCGUCCUCUGAGGGCCGUCAACACCGACGGCAAGUGGAGGGUCAUCGUCAACAACAUCAAGGUCGACUAUGAGACGUUCACCCAGACGACGCGCAUCGAGAAGUGUCUGUCGGCCGGAGAGGCCUGUCCGCUGGUGCCGCAGUGCUACGAGUCCAGCUGCCUCCAGAAGUCCGUCUACCACAGGUUCCUGGUGUACGACCCGUGCGACCAGUACUUCCCCUUCGCCAUCGAGACCUUCCAGCUUCCCGCCUCGUGCGCCUGCUCCCUGGGAGCUUACGAAAUCUCCCACUAGAUGGCAGCAGCGAUACAGGCCUCUCGAUAACGCAAUAUCGACUGUAGGCACUGUCAAUGACUCCAUGGUGAUUGCAUUGUAACUUAUUUCGAGAGCUUUUGUAUUUAUUAUCGGAAGAUGCUUGUAGUAAUGUGUGGCGGUGAGCAUGCUAGCUAGGAGCUGUAUUUUUAUAGUUCUUGGUGUGAGUUGGUGUUUUGAUCUCGUGCUGGCGGCGCGGCGGCAGUCUCUGGGGGGAGAUUUUUACCAUCUGCGACUGGCCAUGCAGUUUUACGGAACAACGAACUCGACUGAGAUGUAUUAUUGCUAAUUAUUUACGAAUGCACGUGUUUCUGUGAUGGUUUUUAUCUGUGAUGGGGACUUGUCAAUACAAAAUGGACCAACUUCA